AAUAGAUUAAUUGACGAUUAUCUAGUCAAGUCAUUCCUAACAAGAGAGGAUGCCCAGGCCUAUAUCGCGGGCAACGAGACCCCAUCGGCGGCUGACGGCCCUCCGAGGUUCUAUGCCGUGGCCGUAGGCCAUGUUCCAGGUAUCUAUGCUACCUGGGAUGAGACCCAGCCACAAGUCACAGACGUCACUGGACCCAAGCACAAGAGGUUCAAGACGCAAGAAGAGGCGGAGAACUUCAUUAGAGAUAACGCCAGCCCUGAGACUUGCCGACGUCUGGGUAUAUCACUUGAGAAACCGCAAGAGUACACUGGGGCUGCUUUUGAACCUGUAGAAGCAUCUACCAAAAAGGUCAAGGCUGAGCCUACCCCAGCCCCAAAAGCAGCACCUCGCGCCGAGCCUAGUCGUGAAGAAAGUGGAAAUUUACUCAAGAUUUGGACCGACGGCAGCAGUCUUGCCAACGGCCAGGCUGGCUCUCGUGCUGGUCUUGGAGUUUAUUUUGGCCCCAAUGACAAGCGUAAUCUUGCGGAGCGUCUUCCUGGUGAGCCUCAGACUAACCAGCGUGCUGAACUGAUGGCGAUACUUCGGGCACUUCAGAUUGCGCCUUCAACACAGGACGUUCAGAUUGUGUCUGACAGUCAGUAUUCCAUCAAGUGUGUGACACAAUGGGGCCUUGGUUGGGAGAAGAAUGGAUGGAAGAAUGCGGCAGGGGGCGAAGUCAAGAACCAGGACCUUGUACGCGGCGUGUUAGCGAGGAUAAAAGAACGGGAUGCAGCCAGGUCAAAAACCUCUUUCCAAUGGGUGAAAGGACACGCCAGUGAUUACGGCAACCACCGAGCAGAUGACCUGGCGAAUGAAGGGGCCAGAAAGUCUCCAGUUGUUUGACCGGGAUUUUCCCAAGAAAUUCAGUCUGCUACGAGAAUGUAGCUCGUCUAUCUGGGAGAGGACUUUGCUCCAAUGUUUCUGGAGCUAUUUGCCGGGUCUAUUUUGCCCGAGGUUGUCAAAACGCCUGAGCUUGAAGGCAGAGGUCUAUUAACUCUUGUGGCCUGGGGUGGACAUUUGGAGUCUGCUCGGCUCUCUUUAUUACUAUGGUGUCCUUUUGGUUUGUUUCCUUUUGUAAUGAUACCUGCCUGAUAUAGCUCAUAUCGGGCCACGAAUGAUUCAAACUUAAUCAUAUUCAUACCCCUGCUCAGAAUAGAGG